UGCAAUAUACAUCUCACAAUGGCGAUGGAUCAGCUACUGGUGCUCCUUGUGAGCUUUGUGUACGUCGUUCACGCCUGCGGCCCUGACCCUAGGCACGAUCAGUCGGUCUACUGUAACUCCCAGUAUGUUUUUACUGGAAUCUUGACCCAAUUUGACAAAUCAGCGGAGGAGUCCACGUAUCGGAUGUUUGUGACGUCAAACUUGAAGGGACAGAUAACAAGUUCACUGAGACAGAACGUCAAUGUUUACAGCUUUGGAUACAUGUAUUCAUGCGCACCACCCACAGUAACUCUGAAUCAGGAAUAUUUGAUAUACGCAAACAAAGAUCCGUGGACAAAUCAACCAAGGAUUAAGGCCCUACAUUCAGUGGACCAAACCAAGCGUCUCCGUAACUACGACUGCUACUGUAAGAUUGACUUAAAACUGCCAAGAUCCGCACCAGUCAUCAAUAAUGUACCAAAGAAUAGCAAAUGCGAGUUGACUGGUGUCACUGACACAUGCGCAGUCAGGAAUGGCUACUGUGGACGGGAUUGGUCGAGGCUCGGACAGGGCGCCUGUAAAUGGUUCACCUCUACCUGUUCCUAAACGUUCCUGUCAGCUUAAGAAGUGACUGCGUCGACCACUACAUGGACUGGGCGAAAAAACUAACGAAUUUUGUUUUCUUUCAAAAUUUAAUGUCAAUACACACAUCGCAGAAUCAAUGUAUUUAUCAAACAAUAAAUAAUUUAACCUCAUG